AUGAAACUCGCAGUUGCUGUAUUGUCAUCGAUCUUGCUUGCCUGCUCGGUUACUACAGCCAAUCCAGUCAACCCCAGUGCAACUACAGAUGUUGAAUCUAACACUUUUCCGACUCAUAAUCCAAACGGUAUAGGCAUAAGUGGUCUUGAUACACUUCCAAACAUCAUCAAAGAUUUGCUCAAAGAAUACGUAAAGAUAGAUUAUGAUCGUAAUCAGCAAAAAAUACCGCAUCGCUUUACAAAACAUCAAUAUAUAGAUCAACAGAAUCUAGUAAAGCUCUUGGGGAGAAAGAUUAAAGUUUUGGAAUAUAAACUUCGAGAAAACGGUGGCAGUCCAGAAUAUGAUGGUGAAAUUCAGAAGGCUAAGUUUGAUCUUGAAAUUCAAAAAUCCAAACUUGCCGAUCUUGGAAGACGCUAUCAUGAGUGUGAGUCCAGGUAUAAUUAUUUUAAAAUUAGAUUGCAGGCCAUCAAUGAACUGUUAGACAUUGGUAAUGUAUGA